AUGUCAGGACCUCGCGCAUUCGUCCCGUCCCUCGAGACGGUCAGGUCCGUCCUGUCCGCUCCCGCCGGCAACAGGAAGCCUACCCUCGUCCCCGUUUACCGCCAGAUCUCCUCCGACUUGAUCACGCCCUCUGCCGCCUACCUCAAGGUCUCUGCCGCCCACAAGGACUCCGACUUCUCCUUCCUCUUCGAGAGUGCCGCCACCGAGCGUGUCGGCCGCUACAGUUUCGUCGGUGCCGGCCCCCGUAAGGUCCUCGCCACCGGUCCUGGCUACGGCCCGGAAUGCGAUCCCCUACCUGCCCUCGAGGCCGAGCUGGCCCAACACGUCGUCGCACAUGUGCCGGGUCUGCAGCUCCCGCCCAUGGCCGGUGGUGCUGUCGGAUACGUGGGUUACGACUGCGUGCGAUACUUUGAGCCCAAGACGGCGCGGCCGAUGAAGGAUGUGCUCAAGAUCCCCGAGAGUCUGUUUAUGCUUUUCGAUACCAUUGUUGCAUUUGACCGUUUCUACGGCGUGAUCAAGGUCAUUACCUAUCUGCACGUCCCCGAGGACCUGUCGCAGCUGGAGGCGGAGUACCAGAAGGCGACGCGGACCAUCGAUGAGCUCAUCGCCGUGCUCAACGCCCCCGAGAUCCCCUUGCCGGAGCAGCAACCCAUCAAGCUGGGCCAAGAGUACACUUCCAACGUCGGCCAGAAGGGUUACGAGGCGCAUGUGACGGCGCUCAAGAAGCACAUCGUCAAGGGCGACAUCAUCCAGGCGGUGCCGUCACAACGGUUUGCACGCCCGACGACCCUGCACCCCUUCAACAUCUAUCGCCACCUGAGGACGGUGAACCCCUCGCCGUACCUCUUCUUCGUCAACUGCAAAGAUUUCCAGAUUGUUGGCGCAUCACCCGAGUUGCUCGUCAAGUCCGAGGGAGGAAGGGUCAUUACGCAUCCGAUCGCGGGUACGGUGAAGAGGGGGAAGACGCCGGAAGAGGACCAGAGGUUGGCGGAUGAGCUUCGCAGCUCGCUCAAGGACCGCGCAGAGCACGUCAUGCUGGUCGAUUUGGCCCGCAACGACGUGAACCGUGUUGGUGACCCGUAUACAGUCCGCGUGGAUCACCUCAUGGUUGUGGAGAAGUUCAGUCACGUCCAGCAUCUGGUAUCACAGGUUUCCGGCGUGCUGAGGCCAGACCAGACGAGGUUCGACGCAUUCCGGAGCAUUUUCCCGGCCGGCACCGUCUCUGGCGCACCAAAGGUCAGGGCGAUGGAGCUGAUCGCAGAGCUGGAGCAGGAGAAGAGAGGUAUCUACGCCGGUGCGGUGGGAUACUUUGGAUACGGCGGUCUUAAUGAAAAGGGCGAGGAGGUUGAAGGCGCUAUGGACACCUGCAUCGCGCUGCGGACGAUGCUUGUGAAGGACGGCGUUGCAUACCUGCAAGCGGGUGAGUUUUACCCCUAUUCCAGUCGAGAGACCCGAUGA